UGCUACGGGCCCGAUUUUGGGGGCCCACAGGGCCGACCCUGGUGGAGGCCCUUGUGGGGCCAUAGCGUGCGGGAGAGUGUUUCUCCUCUGAAAAGAGCAAAAAGGCCCGGCGUCGUCCAGUCUGUCAAAAAGCCCCCGCGUGACCUCACUCCCCCCGCCUCGGCGGCUAUAUCUGGCAUUAUUGUGCAGAAAACAUAAA